AUGUCCCAACCAAAUCCCAAUGAGAGUAUUCAAGUCGAUACCAGCGAUGAUGACUCCCUCGUCGAUACGCAAACACUCGUCGAUUCAAAUCUCUCGUUUGCUUCCUCGGUUCGAGACUAUUGCUACGAGAACGGGCGACGCUACCACGCCUACCGUCAUGGCCAAUAUCCAUUCCCCAACGACGAGGAAGAACAAGCUCGCCUCGCCCUGAUGCACCACCUCUUCAAGAUGCUCUCCGGUGGUGACUUGUAUCGUGCUCCCUUCACACGCAACUCCUCGCUUCUCCCACAAGUCCCCUCUCGCAUCCUCGACAUUGGAACCGGCACCGCCGAAUGGGCCACCGAAAUGGCCGAAGACUUCCCCACCACCACCAUCCUCGGUACCGAUCUCUCGCCAAUCCAGCCCUCCUGGGCGCCGCCCAAUUGUCGCUUCUUCAUCGAUGAUGCCGAGUCCGAUUGGGCUUUUUCCCCGUCCGAGGCGUUUGACUAUAUCCACGCGCGCAGUCUGGGCGGGGGAAUCGCCGACUGGCCGCGCCUGCUACGUCAGGCGUAUACGCAUCUGAAGCCGGGCGGGUGGUUCGAGGCGCAGGAAUUCGAGACGUUGGUGUUGAGUGAUGACGGGACGCAUACACGGGCGACCAACGUUCUGGCGUGGCAGGAUCAAUUGAACCAAGCUAGUAAAAAGUUUGGGAAACCGGUAAAUGUGGCGCCGAGGCUAUCGGGGUGGAUGGAGGAUGCGGGCUUUGUGAAUGUGGCGGAUGAUGUCUACAAGUGUCCCGUCGGAGGUUGGGCCAAGAAUCGCCGCCUCAAGGAAAUCGGCCGCGUUGGCAAAGUCACCAUCUUAGAGGUGGUGGAACCUUACACGCUCGCCCUCUUCACUCGCGUCUUGGGCUUCUCCUACCAGGAUGCGCAAGAAUACAUGGAGAAAGUGCGUGCGGAACUGAUGAGCAGUAAGCUCCAUCUUUAUGUGCUGUUUCAUUUUGUGUACGGGCAAAAGCCGCUCGACACAAGUCAAUAA